AUGAACAGGGGCUUCGGCUCGGCGGCGGAUCGCAACAAGGAGCCCAUCCUGGCCGUCCUGCGGGGCUACGUGGGCGCCCAGCCCCGCCUGCAGGUGCUGGAGGUGGCCUCGGGCUGCGGGGUGCACGCGGCGCACUGCGCCCGAGCGCUGCCCAACCUGGAGUGGCAGCCUUCCGACGUGGACCCCCAAGCCCUGGCCAGCAUCUCGGCGUUUAUCAAAACACUCCACCUCUCAAACGUGAAACCGCCCAUCUACCUGGACUCAUCUCAGAGCUGGGAGACCUGGGGAGGUCUGCGUCCCAACUCUUUGGAUCUCAUCGUCAACAUCAACAUGAUUCAUAUCUCAGAAAUGAAGUGUACCCAGGGCUUGUUCCAGGGAGCUGGAAAACUACUCAAACCUAAAGCUGUGAUGAUCACCUACGGACCCUACGCGGUGAAUGGUUCCAUCACUCCACAGAGCAACGUCGAUUUUGAUUACAGGUUGAGGCAGAGCAAUCCAGCUUGGGGACUCAGAGACACCGCUGUCCUGCAACAGCUUGCCGUGGCCAAUGGGAUGCAGUUGGAAAACAUGGUCGACAUGCCUGCAAACAACAAAUGCCUCAUUUUCCGCAAACGCUAAGUGACCGGACUGCUGUCUCCACGGA